AUGUACUUAAAAACUACAAACAAUGUCUGGCUCCAACUUGGCAGUACAAAUCAAUCAAUAUUGAACAGCUAUACAGACACAGACAGUAUGAUGCAAGAAGGGCAUUGUACAAUAUCAGGAUAUACAUUUUACUUGAGUAAUUCAUUAGUUUUGUGGUCAAGUAAAAGACAAACACUGGUGGCAAAUUCGAUGUAUGAAGCUGAAUUAAUAGCUCUUGUAAGAGGAACACAGGAAGCAAUUGUACUUACUCAUUUAGCUGAAGAGAUUCUGCAGGUCUCUGAUGCACCAAUUAAUAUCUAUUGUAAUAACAAUACUGUUAUACAAACAGUUACAUCAGACAAACUCAAAUAUUCGGAACAAACAAAGCAUUUAGAUUAUAAGAAAGAUUUUAUUAAAUGCUACAUUGAGUUAGAGUACAUAAAUGCAAAAUACAUACAGACAAACAAUCAACAAGCAGAUAUAUUAACUAAAGCACUA